UCUCAUUUUUGCUGCGGUUCUUCGCCCUCCGUAAAUCUCAUGUCCCUCGCUGCGACACGCUCUCCAACGUAGAGAGGAGAGGAUUCCUCUCUCUCUCUCUCUCUAAAACCUCGAUCUCUUUCUCUGUCUAGGAAUCUCGACCUCCUUAGUUUCGAUCGCAAUCGAAAUUGUCGCCAUUAGAAACUCACAAUUAUAAUGCCCUGUUAUCACUCUUCGUUAGGAUCGCGGAUUCGAUCGUGGCUUCGAGAUUACGACAGGAUUCAAGACGUAGCCGUCAUCCUCAUCUACAUCCAAAUUGGCUGCGCUCUGGUUGGAUCUCUGGGGGCGUUGUUCAAUGGCGUGCUGCUGAUUAAUCUUGUCAUAGCUCUCUUUGCUCUCGUUGCGAUCGAGAGUAGUAGCCAGAGCCUCGGAAGAACUUACGCUGUCCUUCUCUUCUGUGCGAUUAUUCUCGAUAUCAGCUGGCUUAUACUCUUUUCGGGCUCGAUUUGGAAUUUUGCUCCUGCAGAAUAUGGCACUUUCAUCGUCUUCUCACUCAGACUUGCUUUGUCGAUGCAAAUUAUUGGCUUUUCAGUUAGGUUCUUGUCAUCAUUCCUGUGGAUUCAGAUGUACAGAUUGGGACCUGGGUCCAUUGACAGUACAGCCUACCAUGAAGUAGAUUUUGAUGUGAGAAGUAGUUUUCUAAAUCCUGCAACUCAUGAAAUAGCCAGAGAGAACUCCAAUUCUGAAGAGUUUAUAGGAGGGUCGAUUUAUGAUCCGGCUUAUUUCUCUUCCCUUUUUGAAGAUAGUCAAGAUAAUGGAUAUCUCCGUAAGGAUGAGAAAAGAAAUUUUGGAUUUGACAGAGGGUCAACAUCAACGAUUGAGUCACCCCAACUCAAAUCAUGUGUUAGUAGAUCAUUCCAGAUUAUUGAUGUUGAUAAUGUUCAGAGAACGCCAGAAGCUGCCAAUCUAAAUUGAAGACGUGCACAAAACUUUUGUCACAAUAUUUGGCCUCCAAUUCUUUUUGUUCUCUUCGUAUAUUGAUUUGGGCAUAGAGUUAGCGUAUAGAUCUGGGCUUUGUACAGCAACCCAAUUUUUGCAGCAAUUUUUUUAACCCUCAAUUUUCGAGGGAAUUAUAAUAGAAAAGAGAUCCACAACCUUCUUACC